AUGGCGCCAAAAAAGAUCAUGUCUCAAGAGGAUAUCGAUGAGAAAUCAGUGAAGGAGAUCGCCAGCGCAUGUGGCAUCUCGGUUGAUCAGAUCGAAGAUGUUUAUUCUUGCACGCCUCUUCAAACGGCGAUUAUGGCCGAGUCGACAAUCCAUGCUGGUGCAAGUGUGUUUCAGUUUGUUCUCAAAUUAUCAUCGGAACUUGACCUGGAUCACUUUUGCGCUUCGCUGAAUCAAGUCGUCUCUCUCAACGCUAUCUUGCGGACUCGGUUGGUGGAAUGCAGCGAAGGACUUGUGCAAGUCGUGACCAACGAGAAACACGAAACACGACGUCUACAAGACGAUACAGAUAUCAGAAAGUACAUGAUCGAGGAUGAGAAGAGACCCAUGGGCCACGCAACGACGCUGAUCAGGACUGCCAUUAUCAGAUCGCAGUUGUUGCUUACGAUCCACCAUGGUAUUAUGGAUCAUGCUUCACUUACGCCACUAUUCGAAGAUGUUCUUACCAUUUAUCACGGAGGUGAAGCCAACAAGAGAGCGGACUUCAAAGAAUUUGUCAGCCAAUGUUCAUGUGUCGAUGAGGACGAAGCAAAAUCAUUUUGGUCCUCACGCUUUAAUGGAUCACCAUCCAUCUUCCCCAAAGUCAAACCGGGUUAUUUGCCGUUUGGCGCGAGUACAAUCAAGCGGAAAGUCAUUAUGGAGCAGAUCGGCAAGGGGGUUUCUGCUGCUCAUGUUCCCUCGUAUAUCGAGACAGCUUGGGCUAUGACUGCAGCAAACUACAGUGGAAGCGAUAGCGUGGCCUUUGGACUCAUCUUUUCGGGACGCAACUCGACAUUUCCAGCCGCCGAGACCACGCUGGGCCCGACUAUUGCUAUCGUACCUGUGCAAGUGACCAUAUCGAAGGCCCCAACUUUGGAAGGUAUUCUGAAAGAGCGAACGUCGGCUCGACGACAACUACAACAGCACUCGGGUCUACAAUAUGGCAUCCCCAAGAUCCGGCAAGUCAGUGAAGCCGCUCGAGUUGCGUGCGGUUUUCAGACUCUAUUGAACAUUCGCCCACGAUGGUACGAUCCGAAGGAGUCGUCUGAAAUAUCGUUCCAAGAGAUGAAGGAGCCAGCUGAACCGUUUGCUUUAUCGUUGAGCUGUGAUUUGGAAGAUGAUGGCAUUGCUAUCCAUGCAUCAGCGGACCCGAAGGUUGUACCAGACCAGCAACUAGUGCGGAUUCUCGACCAAUUUGAGCAUAUGCUGCUCUCACUCACCGAGGCCACUCUCGACACCAAACUUGAUAUAAUACCGUGUCUAAGUUCUGGCAAUCUGGCUGCGAUCAUGGAGUGGAACAGUAGCCCAGCUGAAUCUGAAGAGAGACUUAUCGAUCAUGUCUUCCGGGAACAAGCUCAAAAGCAUGCAGAAUCACUAGCAGUGGAAGCCUGGGAUGGUAGUUUGACUUAUGCCGAGCUGGACGAUCUGUCUGACCGAGUUGCCACUCAACUAGGCAUGAAAGGUGUUGCGAAUGGGACUCUGGUCGCUUUCGUCUUUGAGAAGUCAGUCUGGACAAUUGUCUCAAUCCUUGGUAUCCUUAAAGUUGGGGCAGUCAGUGUCCCGAUCUCAGCUGAUGACCCUACAGCUCGAAAGCAACAAGUCAUCUCGAGUGCAGGUAUAAAUAUGAUCCUAGCCUCCGCAAUGGCGUAUGCGGAGUGCGCUGGACUUGCCUCGAAUGUUACAGAAGUCAGCGAAGUUGCCGUGAAAGAAUUAUCGCCUGUCGAUUAUAAUAAGGAUCCAGGACGAGAACCCAGCGAUCUUGCUUUUGUUAUCUAUACCAGCGGUAGCACCGGUUUGCCAAAGGGAGUCAUGCUCGAGCAUCGGAAUCUGGCAUCAGUCUUCAAGUUGUUCAUAGACCGAAUGGGUUACAAACCGGGGGAUCGAACACUUCAAUUCUCAGCUCAUGUAUGGGACAUGCAUCUUGGAGAAACAUUUUCUUGUCUCCUAUCGGGAGGGACUCUUUGCGUACCAUCCGAGGAGCAACGGAAAUCAAGUCUCACGCCAUUCAUCACUUGCAAUCAUGUCGAACACAUCUGGCUCACCCCAACAGUGAUACGUACACUCAUACCAGAAGAUAUCAAAGAAGCCAAAACUAUGAUCUCGGCUGGGGAACCGAUCUCGCCAGAUGCUGCUACGGUCUGGGGACGUAAGCUCAAGCUGUAUAAUGGCUGGGGCCCAUGCGAAUCUUCUGUGGCCAGCGCCGUCGCAGAGGUGACGCCAGACUCGCCUUAUCCUGAGAGUAUUGGCUACGCCUUUAAUGGAACAUUGUGGAUCGUCAAUCCGAGAAAAGUCGACGAACUUGUCCCUAUUGGCACGGUCGGCGAAAUCGUGAUUGAUGGGCCAGGCGUCUCGAGGGGGUACCUAAAUGAUGAGAGCAAGACCAAGACGUCUUUCAUCAAACCACCGCCAUGGGCGUUGAAAGCUAACGACAAUACUACGAGGCGACUCUAUAGAACUGGUGACCUGGCAAAAUACAACCCAGACGGAAGUCUCUGUUUCUUGGGGCGAAAAGACAGCCAAGUCAAAAUUCGCGGCCAGAGACUAGAACUUGGAGAAGUUGAGAACCAUCUUAGUGGAUGCGCAGCCAUCCGAGAGAUACUUGUCGCUACUAAGAUCGUUGAGGGUCGUACUCAACUGGUUGCAGUGCUUACUUUGGACAACCCUGACCUGCUCAGUGAAGAAGUGCUGAUGCCAGUGCACCACCAACAGGAUGGUACGGUUAGAAAGCAUCUCCAAGCAAUUGGCGAUUACGCAAGGUCAAAGAUGCCAUCGUAUAUGGUGCCAACAAUCUGGUUGGUGGUACAACGAAUGCCUCGUACUGAGUCGGCCAAACUGGAUCGAUCCGCGAUAUCCCAAUGGCUCAAAGACAAGGGUCGAUUAUCAACAGCCAAAAAGAUCAUGGAUGUAACAGCAAUAGACCCGGUAACCGCGCCUAGCAUGGACGAAGAGCUUCUACUUCAGUCGAUCUGGGCGAAGGUUCUCCGCAUCCCACAAGAAAAGAUUGGACGAGAAAGCUGCUUCGUUUCCCUCGGUGGUGAUUCUAUCAUGGCUAUGCAAGUGGCUAGCCAAUCUCUAAGACAGGGGCUAUUUAUUACAACCACAGAGCUUCUGAAGAACACUUCCCUACAAAAGGUUGUAGAGUCUAGACGCUCAGAGGAAACAGUUGGAAAGAGUCUCAUUCAACCCAACGGUUCGAAACAGAGUCUAGCAAAGACUUCUCAAGCUAUGUUGCAGCACCUUGACUCUCUCGGGAUUCCACGCCAGAAUGUCGAGGCCAUCGUGUCAGCCACCGAUGGUCAGGCGACCAUGCUUGCACUUGGAGAGAUUGGAGAGCAAAGAGGAUACUACAUUGAGUUUGAACUACAGUUCAGUGAGCCUCUCGACGCUGCAAGGCUACGUGAUGCUUGUAAAAAGGUUAUUGAGCACCAUGCGAUAUUACGAACAGCUUUUACUUUUCAAGGUUCAAGCAUCUUCCAGGUGGUUCUGAAAGAUGUACCACCAAACAUGAUGGACGACGGAGUUGCAGAGAAACCCAAACUUGCGUUCAGGCAAGGGGCUCCUUUAGCAUGUUUCCAUCUCGACUUGCAUGAUAAUCUUGGCUGCCGAGAUCUGCGUCUUGAGAUACAUCAUGCGUUAUACGAUGCAAUUUCCUUGGGUCUUGUCUUUCAAGAUCUCGAUGCCGCGUACAGUGGUAACGCGUUGUCCGAAGGUGUUCAUUUCCAUGAUUGGGUUUCCCAUGUCGAGUCCCUUGACUUGGAACCCUCAGAAAAGUAUUGGAAGGGAAUGUUGCAGGGCUCUAGCAUGUCAUCUCUUGUUCCUACCCCCAAGGGCGCGAUUCGUGGACAUGUCCUCGACAAACAAGUCGAUUUGCAUGUUCCACUCAGCUCGAUGACUAUAUCAUCUGUCACUCCAUCAACGCUAGUCAAGACCGCUUGGGCAUUGGUAUUAUCACAGGCCUUGGGCACAGACGAUGUCGUGUUUGGAGAAGUCGUGGCCAAUCGUUCUUUACCCCUUGCUGGUAUUGAGACUGUGAGAGGGCCUUGUGUGAACCAAGUACCUGUUCGCGUACGCCUUGACUCUUCAACGACAGUGGCAUCUCUAGUACACCAGACACAAGAUCUGCACAUAUCAAGCAUGCCGCAUCAUCACCUCGAGACACGGUCAAUAAUUCGGAAGUGCAGCUCUUGGCCUAGCUGGACCCGAUUCAGCACUGCCUUGGUGUAUCAGAACCACACAUCAGUUGGCGAUAUUGUGACAGUCGGAGGGUAUAAUUGCUCUUUAUCGACCAAUGGUGAAUUGGGUGAUUCAACAGAUAUACACAUCAUUGCAAUCCCCCGCCCAGGAAAGGGCGAGCUGGAGAUCUCGCUACGCUAUUCAGAUCUGGUAUUCACAGCUGAUCAGGUCAAAUGGCUAUCUCAACGAUUGAGCCAGAUACUGAACAUGCUGCCUUCAGCCAUGGAAAAGAACCUAAAGGACGUCAAGCAAGAAGUCAAUGAGAAUUCUGAACUAUCAUGUGAAUUCAAAGAGCUGCCUCAACAUCCCAAGGAACAGGAGCCCUUACAGGAACAGGAGCCCUUACAGGAGAGCAACAGAGAUGCGACCGCUCACGUAUCGGACAAGGCUAUGUCGAUAGUCGACCAUGCAUGGGAAACAAUCGGACUGUUGCCUGAUAGUUCAGAAGAGGAUCCCUUCAAUUCAAUGUGGGAUCAAGAUGCUGACGUUGUGACAACUCUGUUGCUCUCAGAGCAGUAUCGCUCUUCUGGAUCUGCCGCCAGUCCAGUUGAUAUUGUCAGGAUCCCAAGCAAAAAGUCUCAAGCCAUCUUGAUUGAUAGGAAGUACUAUAAGGGUAGCACGAUGGACCUGGUUACCGAUGAGUUCAUGGUCGACGACAAAAAGUCAGAGAAUCACUUUGACCAAAUAGCUAGGAGGGAUUCGGGGAUCGGGUCAUGA